CACCCAUUGAGUUUGGAUGCCAUUGCAAUUCUAUACUAAAAUAUAAGAGAAAAGUGAGAUGACAGCUAUAGUUAGUGUGUUUGAUUUGAGCAAACUAGGUAAUGUAACAUGGGAAAUUGGUAAUCCAAGUCACAAAAAUCUGGUGACAUCUAACGUGUGGAAGUAAUUCCCUCAACAACAAUGCCGGGCAUUUAAUGCCUAAAAACACAGAAACCGUGUAAAAAUUCAUAGGCUGGCCCGAGGGAAUUAUAUCAAUAAUGUGGUCAAACAACCUGAGGAAAGCGCGUUUAGAUGGUUAUUUUUCAGAGAGCAGGAUCAGGAUCAGGAUGAGGUCUAUGGUGAAAGGCUAGUGAGCAUAUUUUGUGCCGUGAGAUCCGCAGGGCAUUGGAGAUCCUCUUGCGUCAGAUUAGGCUGCAUUGGGAGUGUUCAAUAGUGGGGAGAUGACCCAAAUCUGGCAGUAAAGCUUCUGCUUGUUCUUUCCAUUCCUUUCUCUCUCUGUGCUUAUGUUUUUACUGUCGAAAAUGAGGAGAUCUACAGUUCGAGGUUUGUCAGGGACAGGAUGGGGUAUGAUUGCGCUUUUUCUGGGGGUUUUGAGUUUGGGUGCAGCACAGAACAACACAAACUCGUCCUUCAUACCCAAAGUGGCAAUCCUGAUGAACUGCGGGUCGCAGGGGAGCAAGAGCGAUGCAAUGGGGCGCUCAUGGGUGGGAGAUGAAGAGUCCAAGUACGCUCCGCCGACUGUGGCCAAUCUAGUGUCGGCAGCUGCCUCAUCGCAGGAUCCGUCGCUUCCGUCGCCUGUGCCCUACAUGACUGCUCGCAUUUUCACGGCCCCGGCCACUUAUUCCUUUGUCGUUUCCCCUGGUCGCUACUGGCUCAGGCUCCAUUUUUAUCCCUCCGAUUAUACCCAGUCAUACCCGCGCUCCGACGCAAUAUUCACCGUCGCCUCCAAUGGCUACACUCUACUACACAACUUCAGCACUUCACAGACGGCAGAUGCCCUCACGCAGGCAUAUCUCAUCCGCGAAUUCUCCGUCAACGUCUCGAACGAUCACCUAAAUGUGACUUUCUCGCAGGACAGGAAAUCGGGGUACGCGUUUGUUAACGGAAUCGAGGUCGUCUCCAUGCCGGAUCUGUUCAAUAGCGCGCCUCUCGUAGGAGCUGACGCCCAAUUUUCUAUUAGUUCGUCUACGGUUCUGCAGACCAUGUACAGGCUCAAUGUGGGAGGGCAGGCCAUUCAGCCGAUCAAGGACUCCAAUCUCAGCCGCACCUGGUACGACGAUACGCCGUAUAUCUACGGGGCGGCAUAUGGCAUAACCGGCGACAAUGGCACUAAUGAUCUGGUUUAUGGCUCCAUACCGCAAUACAUGGCUCCUGUCGACGUUUAUACUACCUACAGAUCCAUGACACCUGAUCCAACAGUCAAUUCGAACUUCAAUUUGACUUGGAUGUUUUAUGUUGAUGCCAAUUUUACCUACUUGGCGCGGCUGCAUUUCUGCGAGUGGAUCUACACUCUGCCUAACCAGAGGGCUUUUAAUAUUUACAUCAAUAAUCAGACGGCUGAGACUGCAUUUGAUGUGAUUGGAACAGGGGCCAAUUUAGGAAAUCCUAUAUACAAGGAUUAUGCUAUUUAUGUGCCGGCGCAGGAAGGGGAUCCUUAUUUAUUUGUAGCGUUGCAACCAGAUGUUGCCGUAAAACCGCAAUAUUAUGAUGCGAUCUUGAAUGGACUAGAGCUGUUCAAGCUCAAUGAUAGUGCAGGGAAUUUGGCAGGCCCAAAUCCGGUGGCAAGCAUUGUAGAUAAUAGCCAGGGACCGGAUUCUGGAGUAAAUGCUUCUCCAAGCUCUCACAGCAGCAGCAGCAAGGGUCCUGUGAUUGGGGGCGUGGCUGGAGGGGUUGCUGUGUUGGGUCUCAUUCUUGCUCUAUUUUGUUUUAUUCAUCGGCGCCGUGGUAGGUCAUCAGAUGGGGACAAGCCCUCUGGAUGGCUGCCUCUGCCACUUUAUGGGGGUAACUCGCAUACCAUGGGAAGCAAGGUUUCCACAGCAUCUGGAAAGAGUGGCACUGGUAGCUAUGUCUCAUCUGCACCUUCCAGUUUUUGUAGGCAUUUCACAUUCGCUGAGAUCCAGGAGGCUACUAAAAACUUUGAUGAGUCUCGAAUUCUUGGUGUUGGAGGUUUUGGCAAAGUUUAUGAAGGUGAAGUUGAUGGUGGUACCAAAGUUGCAGUUAAGCGAGGGAACCCAUUAGCAGAGCAAGGCAUCCACGAAUUUCAAACAGAAAUAGAAAUGCUUUCUAAACUCAGGCACCGGCAUUUGGUUUCUCUUAUUGGUUAUUGUGAAGAAAAUUGUGAGAUGAUUUUGGUUUAUGAUUAUAUGGCCAAGGGACCAUUGAGAGGACACAUAUAUGGAAAUAGCAAUUUGAUUCCUUUAUCCUGGAAACAGCGAUUAGAGAUCUGCAUUGGAGCUGCUCGAGGUCUUCAUUAUCUUCACACAGGGGCUGCUCAAACAAUUAUACAUCGGGACGUGAAGACUACAAACAUACUUCUUGAUGAAAACUUAGUUGCAAAAGUUUCAGAUUUUGGAUUAUCAAAAACUGGACCGACUCUUGACCAUACCCAUGUUAGCACUGUAGUCAAAGGCAGCUUUGGAUACCUGGACCCAGAAUACUAUCGUAGGCAGCAGCUCACUGAGAAAUCAGAUGUUUAUUCAUUUGGUGUUGUGCUGUUUGAGGUAUUGUGUGCACGACCUGCCAUUAACCCUUCACUUCCACGAGAACAGGUAAGCAUUGCUGAAUGGGCUUUGCAUUAUCAGAGAAAGGGAAUGCUAGAGCAAAUCAUAGAUCCUCUUCUGAAAGGUAAAAUUAAUCCUGAGUCUCUUAAGAAGUAUGGAGAAGCUGCUGAAAAAUGCCUUGCUGAGCAAGGUGUUGAUAGGCCAGCUAUGGGAGAUGUACUUUGGAAUUUAGAAUUUGCUUUGCAGCUGCAAGAGACUGCAAUGGAGAAUAAACUGGUCGAUGACAGUACUACUGACCUUAUUCAAAUGUCCCCUGAUUACAGCCACGUAAACAACUCAGCUACUUAUGCUGUUGGAGAUAACAGCACUUCAACAAGCACAGCGGGCCAUAGUUUGGCUAGUGUUGAUUUGGAUGAUGUAACUCCAAGUGCAGUUUUUUCACAACUGGUGAAUCCACAAGGGAGGUAAUUGAAUCGGCAAGAGGAAUAUCUUGUUUGUGUAUGUUGUAGUUACUGCAGCUAGCACUGUCCUGAGAUUGCAGUGAGUCAGGUAAUUGAAGUUUAUAGAUCCUUGAUUUUUACUUUGUUGCUUAUCAAUAGUUAUCAAGUGCAUAUUGCUGUCAUUCACUUUAUUGUGUCUUUACGGGCACUGUUUGUUAAAUUCUUAUUAUGUUUUUUCUGUAUUCUAUCUCUGUUUUGGACUGGACAUCUGUCUUGUGAUAUGGCAAUCUUUUAUUAUUCAAAGAUCUGGAAUUUUCCAGUGUGAGGAAAAGCAUACGUCUGCUGAUAAGGAAGCAGGUCUUUUCUCAAAACACAAUUCAAGGAGUCAAAAGUGAUCUAAAUUUUUGGAGUAUACAUACAGCUAGAGGCUGUUCAGGUCUUCUAAUCCCGUGCCUUGAUCUAGUGGUUGAUUUUACCUCUUGAGUAUUUAUUCUUCUCUGUAUAGUGUAUUCCCAUAAGAUUAUGGUUGGAGACUAUAUUGGUACUUUUGCUUGCUUUUCAUGUUUGCCUAAAUAAUGCUCCAACAUUUCUAAACAUUGGUGGUAUGAAAAUUAAUGUUCGUAGCUGCAUACUUAGAUGUAUUCUGAUCAAAUUCUUUCUUGACAAUUAUACUUCUAUCAAAAUUAUAUAAUUUGGGAAAGUAUUCUAGCCUUUCUUAA